AUGCAAAGUGAUAUUUUCAACACCUUCAAUUUUUGGGAGUUCGAAGGUCAACUCGAAUAUGGAGAGCCAAUAAGUGAGGACGAUGAGACUUUAGUUCAGUUCAUUGGAUUCGACCAACGAAAAGAUACGGAUAGGAAUGUUUUCCACUUUACCAACCUCAAGCUUAAUGCUUUUGACAUUGUGCAUGUCUAUUUGGAAUUCUCUAAGAUAGUCUCUGGCACAAGGCUGAGUACUAGCCAGAGUAGCGGCCAUUAUCAUAUAGUUAUAUCGUCGAAUAAGCUGAGCCCCUUGCAGCAGGAGAAGGGCUAUGAACUUCCCAACCAUUUGGAGGAGAGCGAUGGAGAACUGUUCCGGGACUUUGAACUGAAGUUGCUGGCCUUGGAAGAAGACGUUGUGUUCAACAUUUCCCUCAACCUUUUGCAUGGAAGCCAUCUAGAAAAUCUGCACUACUUCAACGAAACAGUUAGAAUGGAUAUAAUGCGGCCAAAUAGGGCACAUUGGGGUGAACACGCGGCUUCGUGGUUGCCGAAGACUUUCCUGGCUAUCCUUAAUAGGGAGUUGCUCAGUGCGAAAGGCUAUGAACUCCCGUUAGUAAGGAUCGAUCUGAAGCUAUAUCGCAUGAACAAUGUAAACCUUGCUAUGAACAUAUACAACAUGCCUCCGGGACUGGCUGACACUCCUGGCGAUCCAAGCAUGGUUGUGGAUAUGGCCAACGAGAAGGACAUCACGGAGGAUCGGACGAUAGCAAGCACUCAAAUGCCAGGAGUCAUUUGGGAUCUUCUGGAGAACCCAGACAAACCAGUUGAGGCGGGAAACUGCAAAAUACCUAAUAAAGAGGACGUGAAACCGGUGCCGCCACUGUUCAUAGAUCUGUCUACUUUGGAAGUAACGAUGGAAGCCAACUCGGAUGAAUGCAGUCUGAUCAUACCCUGCCGAUAUGAGGACCCUAUGGUGAACCAUUUGAAUACUCCCUGGAUGUCGAUUGAGGAAGAGACGAAGCUCUACUAUCUCACUAGAGACCCGAGGUCAUUCGAGGACUUUGCACGCGGAGGAGAUCUUUUUGAUUCUCUGGUUGGCACUGAUAAUCUAGUUGGUGUCACGUUGGCAUCAGCAGAGCGAGAAGGGAUGUACCCUCGUAGUGUGGCCUUUAGUAUAGCGUAUAUGCAGGAAGGGACGGAGUUGAAGAAAAUCGUUGAAGCGGGCAUUGAAUUGAGCGAUUUUGACGAUGAUUACCGCCGACUUGAUUACAACUUGACGAUCGAAUACAAGCCCAUGGUCUGGUCGGAGUUGAUGAACGCGUUCCAACUUCCCCUCUCAGUAUACUGUGUAUUAUUCGCCCUCAUCGGCGCCGCUGCGGUGGUCGUCACCUGGCUUUCCUGGCUGGUUAUGCGUAUUGGGGUGAAGCGCGUACAGGUACUGUCGAUGAUCAUCAAGCUUGCCUUCACUGAUUUUGCAGAUCCCUUCCAAGGAAUCGGCUGUUCAUGGCCUCAAGCGGUUGGCACCAGUGGAGCGGCUGAGGGGAUGGACGCGGAGACGUGCCGGCAGGCCAGAAUGGAAUGCUUCAGAUACUCGGAUUUCUUUGGUACGUAUACCGUGAACUUUAUCGUCGGCUUUACGUUCAUGAUGAUGGCCGUGGAAGCAGUCUUUGCCCGAGCUGUCCGCGAAACACUUCUACUGAUUCCUCUCCUCGCCGCAUGUGAAGUCGUUCUGUUCAUCGCCACUAUGGGAGCUGAUAACUUCCAAGACUUUGCUGAGUCUUUCUUUGUGGAGCUCUUACUCAAGAUCGCUGAUCGUUUGGUAUUCGGAUCGGUAUUUCAAUGGAUCGAUUAUUAUGCGACUACGGCUAUGGAGUGGCUAAGGACGCGUUCUUUCCUCUGGAGCACGUUCCUUGCUAUUGGAGGCCCGAUACGCAACCAAACGAAUGUUGAUAAGAUUGAUGAUAUCGGCCGAGAAGUCCCGGGAUUGAAGUUCUCUAGUCGAGCAAGGAGGAUCUCCGGGGCUCAACCGACCACUAGUGAUCAAGUCGUUUCCCUCGAUGAGAACGAAGAUGACGGGCAGGAGCAUCCGAGCUCUAUAGAAGAGGCCAUAGAAGAGCAUGUCAGAGGCGGUAGCACAGCCAUGAGUAAGAUCGGUAUGAAGCACGUGCUCUAG